ACUCUGUUGUUAAUGGGUCUUAUAAUGCUCCAUUCUUUGUUACAAGGUUCAGGGAGGCACUUUUCCAUUUCUCUUCAAUGUAUGAUAUGCUUGAUACCACCAUACCUCGCGAAGAGCCUGCAAGGUUGAUUAUUGAAAAUGAAUGGUAUGGGCGUCACGCAACGAAUGUUGUAGCAUGUGAGGGCUUGGAGAGGGGUUCAAGGCCAGAGCUCUACAAGCAAUGGCAGUUUCGAAAUAUAAGGGCAGGGUUCAAGCCAUUUCCACUGGACCAGGAGCUGAUGCAGAAGUUUAGGCAUAAGUUGAAGACUUAUUACCACAAGGAUUUUGUUAUUGAUGAAGACGGUGACUGGAUGUUGCAGGGAUGGAAGGGUAGGAUUCUUUAUGCCUCCUCCUGUUGGGUACCUGCGUAGGAGGAUUGAUGUAUUAGGCUUUGGUUCACCAUAUAUUUUGCACAUUAACUUGUGACAUAUGGGUAGUAUUGCGUUACUGUCAUGUUCUGAAGCAUCAAAAUCGUGGUGCCUAUAAUGGUAGAAGUAGUUUGUCCAAAACAUGUCCUAUGAGACUGUAAUUUAAAUAAAUGUCUAUUGGUUGCCUAUCUGGACACAUUCCGCAGUGAAAUCAUAUAUUCCUCGUUGGUGUGGGAAUGAUGAUUGCUUUUCUUUAUGGAUUGGAAAUACCAUCAGUAGUUUGACACC